AUGAAUCCAAGCUUGAAUAUGAACAUGGACUUAGGCAUGAACAUGGACAUGAAUACUCUCCGCCAAAAGCGACAGUCCUGCGAAGCCUGUCGAGCAAGAAAGCUACGAUGCUCCGGAGAGAGAAAUGGCUGCUCAAGAUGCCGGAAUCUCGCCCUCCAAUGUAAAUUCAAAGACAAAGGAGCCCCCGGCCGUCCAAGAAAACGACCCCGCCACGAGCAAGCAGAUCGCGAAUGCGAACGCGAACUAGCAACAAGAGAAUCCCAAUCCCAAUCACACCCAAUCUCACCAGACUGUUUCAACCUCUCACCACCAAUCCACGACCCUCUCGAAUCAGCCCAAGUCGAAAACAUGCUAAUGGGCAACAACGAUUUCACCCCGCUCCCCCUAGAAAUGCCCAACACCUGCGGUCUAGACUCAUCCUGCUCCCUCGACUUCUCCGGCUCGCUAGACUUCAGCACAUUCCCCAUCGGCCCACUAUCCAAUUCCCACCUCGACCACGAAGGUCUAUCCGAUAUGUCCCUCGCGACAACAGCCUGCAUCUCCCCGCCCCUCUCACCGCAAUCUUGCCAAUGCGACGACGAUGUCUCGGAUUCAGUCCGCGCCCUAAGCCGCGCGACCAUGUCGCACAACGUCAUCCGCAAUCUGCGCGACGGAGUCGGUCUCACGGAGAGAUUACUCACCUGUCCGCUCUGCUACGAUGUCUCGAAACCGCCGCGGAUAACGGUUCAAAACGUGUUGUUAAUCGGUCGACUUAUGUUCGAGAUAACAUCCACCUACGGCAAGUAUAUCAAAUGGCUGCGAGAAUACUGCACGACGCUGGACGAGAAGAGGAAAAGCGAGACGAUCUAUCUGAUCCCGGGGCUGGAAAUCGGGUCUGAGCUUGGCUUUAAGAUUGAUGGGGCGCGGUUCUAUGAGUUUAUUACGCAGGGUUUGCGGGAUGAUGCCGAUCGGCUUGUUUCUGUGGGUAGACUGUUUGCGCAGAGGCAGAAGAAUCGGCAUAUGGUUGGACAUGAGACUUGUCCGGAUGUUGAGGGACGGUGUCGGAGGGAGGAGUAUGGGCUUGACCACGAUCCGUUGGAUCUUUGUCCGCAUAAUGCUGCGUCGAGAAGGCUGACUCCUUGUUUUCGGAUUGUGGAUGAGGUGCAGUCUAUGAUUGAGCAGGUUGUGGAGGCUGUUUCUUGA